UUUUCCUUUUUACCUCGUUUUAAUUUUUUUUUUCUUUCGUCUUUUUGUUUUUCCCUCCUGUUAUUGUUAAUUAUCAUUAUCAACCCGCUUCCGCCGCGCCCUCCCCGCCAAUGCCCGUGUGAGCGCCGGCACCUCGCGGGGGCCAUGGAGGGCUCCACCGGGUUUGGGAUCGACUCCAUCCUCUCGCACCGAGCCGGCAGCCCGGCCGUGCCCAAGGGGGACCCGCUGGUGGGGGACGGCCGGUCCCCGCUGGAGCUGAGCCCCCGCUCGGAGGGCAGCAGCGGGUGCCCCUCGCCCCGCUCGCCGGGCCGCGAGUGCCUGGAGGCGGCGGUGCCGCGGCCGGGCCUGGAUGCGCAUCUCCAGCCGGGGCAGGUCUCGGCUCCCUCGCAGUCCCGGACCGUCACCUCCUCCUUCCUCAUCAGAGACAUCCUGGCCGACUGCAAGCCCCUGGCCGCCUGCGCGCCUUACUCCAGCACCAAUGGACCUCACGGCGGGCAGGAGCCGGCGGGCAGGAUCCCCACCAAGCCCGGCGAGGAUUUUAGGGAGAAAAUGGAAAAAAACACCAGCAGCUCCUCCUCGGACUCGGAGUACAAAGUGAAAGAAGAAGGGGACCGAGAGAUCUCCAGCUCCCGGGACAGUCCCCCGGUGCGGCUGAAAAAGCCGCGCAAAGCCCGCACCGCCUUCACCGACCAUCAGCUGGCCCAGCUGGAGCGCAGCUUCGAGAGGCAAAAAUACCUGAGCGUGCAGGACAGGAUGGAACUGGCCGCCUCCCUCAACCUCACCGACACGCAGGUGAAAACGUGGUACCAGAACAGAAGGACCAAGUGGAAAAGGCAAACGGCGGUGGGCCUGGAGCUGCUGGCUGAGGCUGGCAACUAUUCAGCCCUCCAGAGGAUGUUCCCCUCGCCCUACUUCUACCCGCAGAGUUUGGUCUCCAACCUGGACCCCGGCGCCGCCCUCUACCUGUACCGCGGACCCAGCGCGCCGCCCCCCGCCCUACAGAGACCCUUGGUGCCCCGCAUCCUCAUCCACGGACUGCAGGGCGGCAGCGAGCCCCCGCCGCCCCUGCCCCCGCUGCCCGGCGUGCUGCCCCGGGCUGCGGGGCUCUGCCCCGAGCCCCGCGGGGAGGGCGAUUGUCGGCUCGGCCAAAUGCGCAGCCACGCCUGGGGGCGAGAGCCCCCGGCCUUUGUGGAUGGGGCUGGCUCUUUGCAUGUGAAUGGGGGAGUUUGCCCGGCUCCGUCCCCCGAGCUCUGCCCCGAGCCCCGCGGGGAGGGCGAUUGUCGGCUCGGCCAAAUGCGCAGCCACGCCUGGGGGCGAGAGCCCCCGGCCUUUGUGGAUGGGGCUGGCUCUUUGCAUGUGAAUGGGGGAGUUUGGUAA